AUGUCAAGCUCGUACAAUCGCAUGGGCGGUCCUCAGACACCCGAAGGGAUGAUGGGGUCCCAGCAGAAUGGUAGCGCCGAUGACAUGGGCGAUUUCGUAUCGGAUCAAAUGGACAAACGAUCGACGGGCGCUUUCCCCCGGCUAGAGAAUAACCUGUUGAUCCAGCAGGCCAUUGACAAUGGGGAGAUCAGUCGGGCUGAUGUAGAGCUCUUGAACAAAGCGCAACAAUUCGCAGGCUUUGGUCAAUCGGCUGGAUUCUUGAUUGGUAGUGUGGGUGGAUUCUACUUCGUCAGAAGACGUAGACCCCCAGCGGGACCCCUGGCUCGAGUAGCUGGUCUAUUCGGUGGCGGAUUAAUGGGAUCAUUCGUCGGCUUCAUAUCUGGUAGUAUGAUGGCUGCAUUGGAAGUCAAGUCGAAAAUGACGGAUGCACCAAGGAAACUCGCCAAGAUCGCCGAGAUCACAGAACAAACUCGAUCCAUGACCCGAGAGCAGAGACGACAAGUCAUGCAGGGGCAAGCUUUCCCCCAACCUCCUGGAGGGUCAAAUGUUCCGAAUCAAAUCCCCAGAUCCUUUCCUCCAACGACCGGUCAAUCGCAGAAUCAACCUCGACAAUCGUACUCUGGAUCGACUACCACCUCAGACUAUAGCUCUCGGCCUGCGCCUGCUACCUCCACCUCUCCUUGGUCCUCGGCAUCAUCAUUUGAAUCAGAGGACAACGCUGUGAACCGUCGUGAACAACGCGCAGAAUUGGAACGUGAGAGAUUGUUCGGAUUAGAAGACCGACAGAUCCAACGAGACGCCGAGAUGGCACGCCCAUCGGCAUUCGACCGUGACCCACCCCCUUCAGGUUCAGCCUACGGAUCAUCGCCGUCACCGCCAACACCGGAGUCUACAGGUCAAAGCCCUUCCUCUGGACGUCGGGUAUCCGCAUGGGACAAGAUCAGAUCUCAGACGUACCAAGCUGUCGGGAAGAAGGCAGCGGAAGAUGAUGCGCCUUCUCAAAUCCCACCUGUUGAUCAACAGCGAAGUAAGGAGCAGAGGGAAUUCGACGCAAUGCUCGAAAGGGAGAGAAGGGGAGUCGGGGACAACGAGACGUGGAAGUAA